CCACCCCUCUCGAUCCGGUGGGGCUCCCUUCUGAGCUGUGCGGACAAGAACGCGCAGGCGCAACUGCAUUGCUCGGGCCCCAGCGGAAACCAUGCCCCUUCUCCAAAACUUAAAGGGCCAGAAGCAGUGCUUAACGCUCAGGCUCUUCCGCACUUUUGGGGGGUGGGGGUGCGCAGGCGCAGUGGGGGAGCUCUUGGGUUGGGGUAGCGGUUGCGUAUCAAGUUGCUCUCUGUCCUGGCAGAAAAAGACGAGGCGCUGCGGGUCCAGGCUCCAGCUUGCUCUCCCAUACAUCAGUUGGAGGAGUAAAGUUCGUGAAUUGGGCCCCCAAGUUUUGGGGGACCCGGGCUUGCUGCGCGGAGUGACAGAGGCGGCUCCUGGGAGCUUCCCCCAUGGAGCCCACCCAGCCUGCAGAGGACCUCAGCCUGACCCAGCAGCCCCCCACGCCAGAAUUUGGGGACCCUGAAGACCCUGGGGAUGAGGCCCCCGACGGCUCGGACACUGUAGUCCUCAGUCUCUUCCCCUGCACCCCGGAGCCUGGGAAUCCUGAACCCGAUGCUGGCGCCUCCUCCCCUCAGGCAGGCAGCUCCCUGAAGCACUCCACGACCCUCACCAACCGGCAGAGGGGGAACGAGGUCUCAGCCCUGCCGGCCACCCUGGACUCCCUGUCCAUCCACCAGCUCGCAGCCCAGGGGGAGCUGAGCCAGCUGAAGGAGCAUCUGAGGAAAGGUGACAACCUCAUCAACAAGCCGGACGAGCGCGGCUUCACUCCCCUCAUCUGGGCCUCGGCCUUUGGAGAAAUCGAGACUGUCCGCUUCUUGCUCGAGUGGGGUGCCGAUCCCCACAUCCUGGCCAAGGAGCGGGAGAGCGCGCUGUCACUGGCCAGCACAGGUGGCUACACGGACAUCGUGGGGCUGCUACUUGAGCGUGACGUGGACAUCAACAUCUACGACUGGAAUGGAGGGACGCCACUGCUGUACGCCGUGCGUGGGAACCAUGUAAAGUGCGUCGAGGCCUUGCUGGCCCGAGGAGCUGAUCUCACCACAGAGGCCGACUCCGGCUACACCCCAAUGGACCUCGCUGUGGCCCUGGGAUACCGGAAAGUGCAGCAGGCGAUCGAGAACCACAUCCUUAAACUCUUCCAGAGCAACCUGGUGCCCACCGAUCCCGAGUGAGGGCUGUCUGCAGGGGACUCAGACACUCAGGGAACAAAACGGUCGACCCAGAGCUGGGGGAACCCAGAACUGGCUUCAAAGGCAGCUCCUGGACAGACGGUGGGAGGGGGCCCUCCCCAAGAGGAGCCAAUAAACCUGUGCAGAA